AUGGAUGAUCAGACUCGUUUUCUCAAAGAUUAUGAUUGCGAAUCCCAAUGGUUCAAACAUAGUCGAACUGGAGCAGAUUGGAUUCAUUUGAAAAAGUCGGAUACCAACAAUGUUUUUAUGGUUGGGUUCCAAACGGAUGUUACUGAUUCGACUGGAGUACCUCAUAUCCUUGAGCAUACUACUUUGUGUGGAUCCAAACGGUAUCCAGCAAGAGAUGGUUUAUCUAUACAUCCACUGAAUAGACUUUAUUGCGAGUCCAACACCAUUGUGAAAUGUGAUGAUUUGACGGUGUAUCCAUUUUCAACCGAAAACAAGACAGAUUACUACAAUCUCAUGAAUGUGUACAUGGAUGCCGUUUUUGCACCAAGACUUCGAAGACUGGAUUUCAUGCAGGAAGGAUGGCGUCUUGAGCACGAAAACCCAAGAGACUCUUCCACUCCUAUCAUUUUCAAAGGCGUAGUUUACAAUGAGAUGAAGGGUGCAUUGGCGGACACAAAUUCACUCUUUCAUACUCGUCACCAGCAGGCACUUUAUCGCGAUUCCACCUACGCCCAUGUUAGUGGCGGAGAUCCUGAAAACAUUACUGACUUGACUCAUGAGCAACUAUUGCAAUUUCAUGCAAAAAACUACCAUCCCAGCAACGCACGGUUCUUUACUUAUGGAUCCUUUCCUCUUGAAGAGCAAAUGCAAAAAGUUGACGAGAAACUCUCUGGAUUUUCGUCAUCUUCUCGACACUCACUAGAAGAUGUACCUCGUUGGAAUGAGCCAAAAACAAUUCAGGCAGUCGGACCCCUUGAUCCUAUGGGCGAUCCUUUGAAACAAAGUCGAGUUGCAGUUAGCUAUCUCACCAACUCUGAAAAGAACCUUGAAGAAUCACUUUCAAUGCGCAUCUUGGUAAAUCUUCUCACUGAUGGUGCUGCAUCUCCAAUGUACACAUCUCUGAUCGAGUCUGGACUGGGAUCUGACUAUGCUCCGACAACCGGACAUAGCCAAUUUGCUUGCCGAGCCAGUACUUCUUUUGGACUUACAGGUAUGGAGUCCAAAAAUAUUCCAGUGGCGAUUGAAAGUAUCCAAUACGUGCUUGAAAAGGCUGCUCAAACCGGAUUUCCUGAGAAUCGCAUCAACAAUAUUUUUCACCAGAUUGAACUUGGACUCAAACAUCGCACGGCUAGCUUUGGCAUGAAUCUUGGGUGGAACAUUAUCCGAACAAUGAUUCAUGGUGGUAAUCCUUUGGAUGCCAUGGAUACAGCACCGAGUUUGGCAAAGCUUAAAAGCGAUCUUUCCCAGCCUGGAUUUUUGCAAAAUCUUGUUGAAACUCAGUUGUUAAGCAAUCCUCAUCGACUGACGUAUAUUAUGAACCCCGAUGCUGGAUAUCCAGCAUCAUUGAUUGAAAAGGAAUCACAGCGUCUGGCUAAACAUGUUGAUGCGCUGACAGAUUCAGAUCGUGAAAACAUUAAAUCCGACGGUCUUGAGCUGCUCAAGCUUCAGGAAACCAAGGAAGAUUUAAGUUGUCUGCCUUGCCUUUCACUUUCAGCUGUUAAAAAACAAGCAUCGUUUUAUCCUCUCAAGAUAACACAGAGUGCCAAUGGUAUCAAGCAAUUUUGGCGUGAAACACAGACAAAUGGUGUGUCAUAUGUGUAUCUCAAAUGGGACGUGACGUACCUUUCAGACCGUGAGAAGCUACUCGCUCCUUUAAUGUGCAAUUCUCUGACAUCCCUAGGAACUCAUUCGAAAUCUCUUGGUGAAUUAGAUGAAACUAUUCGUGCACACACUGCAGGAAUUUCUGCAUCUGUGUUUUCUUCUCCAAGUAUCGAUGGUGAUUCGCCGCGCGAUUAUCUGGUUUUAAAUGCCAGUGCGCUUGACAGCAAUAUUGACGCCAUGUACAAUCUUGUUCUUGAAGUACUCCAGACCACCAACUGGGCAGCCUAUGACAACCUUAACAUUGCUUUGAUGUCUUCCGCCGCAGGUGCUGCCAAUUCAGUUCCCAACAGUGGUCAUGCGUAUGCCAUCAAGGCUGCUGCUGGACUUCUCAAGCGUACGUGCUACUCUUCAGAACUAUUUGGGGGAAUGCAUCAAGUUGAGUUUUUAGACCAACUUUUAAAGCAAACAGAAAUACCAGCAUUGGCAAAAGAGUUGGAAACACUUGCAAAAAAAAUGAUUCAGACAUCGCCACUUGAGGUGUUGGUUGUGUCUGGGUCUCAAUCUGUUGAUCGUCACUCGCAUAUUCAUGACCAAUCCUUUUCGUGUUUUGCUCAAUCCAAACCUUCAACUUUUUCCAACUCGAGUGAUAUCGUUGAUUUUGUGCCCAAAUACGAAAUGAGAAAUUAUCCAAUGGAUUUGGGAGUGAAUUUCACUGCUAGAUCGGUUUCCACAGUGUCGUAUGUACACCCAGAUGCAGCAUCACUCAAGGUAUUGGCAUCGCUCAUGUCCACCCAUUAUAUGCAUCGAGAACUACGUGAAAAGGGUGGUGCCUAUGGUGGCGGAGCGUCGUACAAUACUCUCGAUGGAGUACUUUCUUUCAUGUCGUAUCGUGAUCCACCUGGAGCUAAACGUACGUUGGAUGCAUAUGAAAGAAGUGUGGCUUGGGCGUGUGAAAUUACCAAACAUGUUGGAAACGAAGAGCUCGAUCAGGCUAAACUGGAAGCAUUCCGCAAUAUGGAUAAACCUGUUGACGCUGCUGGCGAGGGAUUGACGCAGUUCCAAUAUGGACUGGAUCUGUUUGCACUACAAGCUCAUCGAGAUGCAUUGUUCAAAGUGACAAUGCAGGAUGUAGAGCGUGUGGCCAAGAUUUACUUGCAACGGCCUUGUGCAAUGAGCGUAAUCGGUGAAAAAGUAUCGGCUUAAUUUCUACACAUGCUCAAACAAAUGGUUUAUAUUGGAAAUAAAACCCAUGAGUCAAUGCU